CCCGCCCCGUGCCAGGCGCUCCGCCCGCCGAGCUCCGCUCUUCGCCCUCCGGGACUGGCGCGUGGCACCGCACUCCACGUGUUUCCCCCUGCCCAAUGAGAGCGGGCGCCCGGGCGUGAAGGGGCGGGAGGAAGAAGACGACUUGGUGGCGUCGCGCGAAGGGGGCGGGGCCUGCAACGUCGGCCCGAACGAGGGGGACGCAACGGAGGCAGGUUGGAGCCGCUGCCGUCGCCAUGACCCGCGGUAACCAGCGAGAGCUCGCCCGCCAGAAGAACAUGAAGAAGCAGAGCGACUCGGUUAAGGGAAAGCGCCGAGAUGAUGGGCUUUCUGCUGCCGCCCGCAAGCAGAGGGACUCGGAGAUCAUGCAGCAGAAGCAGAAAAAGGCAAACGAGAAGAAGGAGGAACCCAAGUAGCCUUGUGGCUUCGUGUCCAACCCUCUUGCCCUCCGCCUGUGUGCCUGGAGCCAGUCCCACCAUGCUCGAGUUUCUUCCUGUAGUGCUCACAGGUCCCAGCACCGAUGGCAUUCCCUUUGCCCUGAGUCUGCAGCGGGUUCCUUUUGUGCUUCCUUCCCCUCAGGUAGCCUCUCUCCCUCUGGGCCACUCCUGGGGGUGAGGGGGUUACCCCUUCCCAGUGUUUUUUAUUCCUGUGGGGCACACCCCAAAGUAUUAAAAGUAGCUUUGUAAUUCCUUGA